UGUAAGAAUUUAAAGUUUCAACCUCACAUAAUCAAUUAUCUUCCAGAAGAAAUGAUUAAAAUUAUUUUGGAUUAUGAUAGAGAAGAAUUCAUGUCACCAAAGCUUUUUGAUAUAAAGAAAUUCAAAAAACUUCAAUAUCUGUCAUUGAGUGGCUGCUUUCUAGAUGACAUAAUUCAAGGAAUAUCCGAAACAACAACACAGCUUGUUGAACUCAGUCUUAUUAAUUGUUUUGUGAGUAAAAACUGCUUGUACAAUCCUGUUAAUAUUUUCAAUCAAUUUGUAAAUUUAGAAUACAUCAACAUUAAUAAUGAAUGGGGCAUAAAGACUCCAAACGUACUUAAUAAUAUUUUGAAUUCAUCCAAAAAUAUAAUACAUUGCAAUAUUAUGUUGCGUCCAGAUUCUAAUGCACCUGAUAUUUUUAUUAAAAAUUGGAAUAAUCUUCUAAACUUGAAACAUCUUGGUACUCGUUGGAGAAUUAAUGAUAACAUAGCAAUCAAAUUGAUAAAAUAUUGCAACAAUUUAAGGUCUUUAGAUAUUUGGAGUGAUGGAAUAAUAGAAACUGAUCUUAAAAAAUUGACAGAACUUAAAAAUCUCGAAUAUUUAAAUUAUUGUUUCGCGGAUGGAGUCAGGAAUGAAUCUAUAAAUACAAUAGUUACAAUUUCAAACUGGAAAAAACUUAAACAUCUAAUUUUAUUAAAUGAUAAGGAUGAUGAUGUUAUUGAUGAUAAUAUUAUUGGUCCAGUUCCUCCGGCAGUCAUUUUUGAUGAGUUGUCAAAAUUGCAAUAUCUAGAAGAUAUAUGUGUUAAAUAUGCGUGA